UGACCCAGCCUUCCUCAACAAACUUCUUUCAUUUCUCGAGACAAAACUCUGCUCCUCACCCCUCCGUUCGACAACCUCUGCUCACACCCUCCGUUCGACGGCGAGGUUUGGACGACGGCGACUGCUUCAGCUUGCCGCAACCCAUCUCUCGACGGAGACUUCCUCACUUGACGGCUUUCGUUCUUCAAACCAAAAAGACCCAUCACUCCAAGGCUAGGUCACUAGACGGCGAUUUCCUCAAACCGCACCAAAACAUCACUCGACGGCGAGGACGGCGACUUCUUCAGUCUGUAGUAAUCUGGGGACUGAAAAGGAUCAUUAGCCUCUGUACAAACAAAUAGAACUACUAAAGGGACGGUACUUCUAAUGGUUGUGCUAUAUAUAUUUAGAUUCCAGAGGCUAAGGUGAGCUGCAAACUACUGGAAUGAUUUAAAAUGGCCCAGCAGUCUUCUCGUCUUCAACGCCUGCUCACUCUUUUAGAUGCUGGCUCCACACAAGCAACAAGAUUUACAGCUGCUCGUCAGAUAGGGGAUAUUGCCAAAUCACAUCCUCAAGACUUGGCCUCUCUUCUGAAAAAGGUUUUUCAAUAUCUUCAUAGCAAGAAUUGGGAUACAAGGGUCGCUGCUGCUCAUGCCAUUGGGGCUAUUUCUCAGUGUGUUAAGCAUACUUCCUUGACUGAACUUUUUGCUUGGGUUGAGAAAAAGAUGUCCGAGGCUGGGAUCUCUGCUGUUGGUGAAGAUUUGGUGACAUUGUCUUAUUUUCAUUCUAAGCAUGCAAUCUCUUCGUUACAAAGCUUUGAUAUCAACAAGGUGCUUGAGUUUGGUGCUUUAUUGGCAUCUGGGGGACAGGAAUAUGAUAUUGCAGGUGAUAGUAUGAAGAGCCCAAUAGAGCGCUUGGCUCGCCAGAAACAAAAUCUUCGUCGCCGUUUGGGUUUGGAUGUCUGCGAGCAGUUCAUGGAUGUUAGUGAUAUGAUAAGAGAUGAGGACCUUAUUGUGCACAAAGUUAACUUCCUGGGCAAUGGGAUAGACCAAAGAGUUUACGCUUCGCGAUCUGUACAUAAUAUUCAACAGCUAGUGGCAAAUAUGGUUCCUAGUGUCAUAUCUAAGAGGCCAAGUGCAAGGGAAAUGAAUCUGCUUAAAAGAAAAGCAAAAAUAAGUUCAAAAGACCAAACAAAGUGUUGGUCUGAGGAUGGAGACACGGAGAUUUCAUAUGCUCAAAACUUGACGACACUAAAGGGUCAAUGUCCUGAUUCUGUAAAUUGUGAUAAGGCAUUUUUGGAUGUUAAUCAUGUUGAUGACAGCUUUGAACAAGAUGUUGAAGGGCGGUGGCCUUUCCACAGCUUUUUUGAGCAGCUCAUCCUUGAAAUGUUUGAUCCAGCUUGGGAGGUUCGCCAUGGUAGUGUCAUGGCUUUGAGGGAAAUUUUAACCCAUCAAGGUGCUUCUGCUGGUGUGAUUUUGCCUUACUCGAGCUUUGACGGUGGAUUGUUUGAACUAGAAGAUGAUGGUAGAUCUAAUGUGAUGAAGAGGGAGAGAGAGAUUGAUUUGAAUAUGCAAGUAUCUUCAGAUGGGCCUGAGCCCAAUCUGAAGAGGCCCAAGUUGCAAGUUUCAUCAGAUGGGCCUGAACCAAAUCUGAUGUCGUCCAAGUUUGAAGAUGUGUCAUCCCAACCGAUAGCUACAGUGGUCUCUUCCAGUGAGGUCGGUAAUUUUGAUUCCAGCGUGAAGGUUGAUCAUGGGUGGAAUUUUCCUUCUGGACAAGUUAAUGGUCAACUGAAUGUUACUUCUAUUAAGGUAGAGCCUGAAUCUCUCCUUACUGAGGUAUCUUAUUCACGUAAAGAAGCUGCUGACACAGCAGAAACCGAAGGAUUCUCUGAGGAUAGGGUUUCCACUGGAAAAGCAGAGAUGCUGAAAAAUACUCCUGAAAAUUAUGAGCUGAUUAACUUGGUUAAAGUAGCUAGGCAUUCUUGGCUAAAAAAUUCUGGAUUUCUUCAAGAGUGUGCGAUUCGUCUCUUGUGUGUGUUGUCUUUAGACCGAUUUGGUGAUUAUGUAUCGGAUCAGGUUGUUGCCCCUGUACGGGAAACUUGUGCACAGGCGUUAGGUGCUGCUUUUAAAUACAUGCACCCCACAUUAAUUUUUGAAACAUUGAACGUAUUGCUGAAAAUGCAGUAUAGACCAGAGUGGGAAAUUCGUCAUGGGAGCCUUUUGGGUAUCAAGUAUUUGGUUGCUGUGCGGCAGGAGAUGCUUCAUGACUUGCUUGGCAGCAUUCUCCCUGCAUGUAAAACUGGGUUGGAGGACCCUGAUGAUGAUGUUCGAGCAGUUGCUGCAGAUGCUUUAAUACCCACUGCAGCUGCCAUUGUCGCUCUUGAGGAUCAUGUUUUGCAUCCUAUUGUGAUGCUACUUUGGGAUAUAUUACUUGAUUUGGAUGAUUUAAGUCCAUCCACUAGCAGUGUAAUGAAUCUUUUGGCGGAAAUCUAUUCCCAGGAAGAGAUUAUUCCUAAGAUGUUUGGAGCUUUGACAUUGAGAGAGACCCAGGAAUUUGAUCUAAAUGAAGCAGACCGUGGUGAUGAGGCUAGAGUAGUAAUUUCACAGGAAAAUCCUUAUAUGUUAUCCACACUUGCCCCACGGUUAUGGCCAUUUAUGAGGCACAGUAUCACAUCAGUUCGUUAUUCAGCUAUUCGGACUCUGGAGCGGUUGCUUGAAGCAGGUACAAAAAGGAAUGUUCCUGAGCAGACUGUGACUUCAUUUUGGCCCUCUUUUAUUUUGGGUGAUACCCUUAGGAUUGUUUAUCAGAAUUUGCUGCUUGAAUCAAAUGAUGAAAUCUUGCAAUGCUCGGAGAGGGUUUGGAGGCUCCUUAUUCAGUGCCCAGUGGGGGACUUGGAAACUGCUGCAAGAUUAUAUAUGUCUUCUUGGAUAGAACUUGCAACAACUCCAUACGGUUCAGCAUUAGAUUCUUCAAAAAUGUUUUGGCCCAUUGCCCUUCCUCGAAAGAGUCAUUUUAGAGCAGCAGCCAAAAUGAGAGCUGUGAAACUUGAAAAUGAGUCCUCUAGAAACAUCAGCUUGGAAUCUGGAUGUGGAACUAUUCCACAAGAAAGAAUUGGGGAGACUCCUACCGAUUCUGUUAAGAUAAUCGUUGGUGCUGAUGUGGAAAUGUCAGUAACUCAUACCCGAGUGGUUACAGCGACAGCAUUGGGAACUUUCGCUUCUAAGUUGCAGCAGGGGUCUGUUCAAUAUGUUAUUGAUCCACUGUGGAAUGCUCUUACCUCUUCUUCUGGGGUCCAGCGACAGGUAGCUUCUAUUGUUCUUAUUUCCUGGUUUAAAGAAAUAAGAAACAGGGGUGUCUGUGGAAUCCCAGAAAUCUCACCUAAUUUUCCCAGUCAUCUCAAAGAAAGGUUGUUGGAUUUGUUGGCAUGCUCUAACCCUGCAUUUCCUACAAAAGAUUCACUUCUUCCUUAUGCCGAGCUUUCAAGAACAUAUUCUAAGAUGCGUGGUGAAGCUACCCAACUGUUACGUGCUAUUGAAUCAUCUGAUAUUUUUAAAGAUUUGUUGACUACUAUUAAUGUUGAUUUGGAAAUCUUGAGUGCUGAUGAUGCAAUCAAUUUUGCAUCAAAAGUUCCAACCAUGCAUAAUGAGAAUGUUGGGAAUGAAUGUCUGGGAGGGAACAUUGUUGACGAUGUGGAGUCGUCAAAACAACGACUUAUGACAACUUCAGGAUAUUUGAAAUGUGUUCAGAGUAAUCUGCAUGUUACUGUCUCUGCCUUAGUUGCUGCUUCAGUUGUGUGGAUGUCAGAGCUCCCUGCACGACUUAAUCCUAUUAUUUUGCCUUUGAUGGCUUCAAUAAAAAGAGAGCAGGAGGAACUACUGCAGCAGAAGGCCGCUGAGGCACUAGCGGAGCUUAUUUGUCAUUGUGUUGCACGUAGACCCAGCCCAAACGACAAGUUAAUCAAGAAUAUUUGUAGUUUAACCUGCAUGGAUCCUGGUGAGACUCCUCAAGCAGGAGACAUCAGUUCCAUAGAGUUAAUCAAUGAUCAAGGUCUCUUAUAUUUCGGAACUAGUAUGGCCAAACAGAAGUCAAAAGUUCAAAUGCUGGCUGGUAGUGAAGAUCGGUCAAGGGUUGAGGGCUUUAUUAGCAGACGUGGGUCUGAAGCUGCAUUAAGGCAUCUCUGUGAGAAGUUCGGUGCUUCAUUAUUUGAUAAGCUUCCCAAACUGUGGGACUGCCUUACUGAAGUUCUUAAGCCUCACAGUAAUGAGGAUGACAAGCAAGUUAUGCUAGCUACUGAAUCCAUCAAAGAUCCUCAGAUCUUGAUAAAUAAUAUCCAGGUAGUACGUUCUGUUGCUCCUUUGCUAAAUGAGGCAUUGAAACCAAAACUGCUCACUCUUCUCCCUUGCAUUUUUAAAUGUGUUCGCCAUUCUCACAUUGCUGUUAGAUUAGCUGCUUCUAGGUGCAUCACUUCAAUGGCCAAGUCAAUGACUAAAGAUGUGAUGGGUGCUGUAGUUAAAGAAGCCAUUCCUAUGUUAGAGGACAUGACUUCGGUGCAUGCCAGACAGGGAGCCGGCAUGCUCAUUAGUUUGCUUGUUCAGGGAUUGGGUGUGGAGCUGGUCCCUUAUGCUCCUUUGUUAGUUGUUCCUCUCCUGAAGUGUAUGAGUGAUUGUGAUCAGUGUGUCAGGCAGAGUGUGACCCAUAGUUUUGCUGCCCUUGUGCCUCUUCUUCCAUUAGCACGUGGCUUUCCCCCUCCUGAUGGAGUGAGUGAAGAUUUAUCUAGAAAUGCAGAAGAUGCACGGUUUCUGGAGCAACUACUCGAUAACUCCAAUAUUGAUGAUUACCAGCUGUGUAUUGAACUGGCAGUUACAUUGAGAAGGUAUCAACAGGAAGGUAUAAAUUGGUUGGCUUUUCUGAAACGUUUCAAGCUUCAUGGCAUCUUAUGUGAUGAUAUGGGUCUUGGUAAGACACUUCAAGCAUCUGCAAUUGUAGCAUCUGACAUUGUUGAGCAUCGCACUUUGAACAAUGGUGAAGAUCUUCCAUCAUCUUUAAUAGUUUGCCCAUCAACCCUUGUUGGACACUGGGCCUUUGAGAUAGAGAAAUACAUUGAUGCUUCUGUAGUUUCUACUCUCCAGUAUGUUGGUUCUGUUCAGGAGCGCAUUUCUCUUCGAGGACAUUUUAAUAAGCACAAUGUUGUCAUAACAUCAUAUGAUGUUGUCCGUAAAGAUAUUGAUCAUCUUGGACAACUUUUAUGGAAUUACUGUAUUUUAGAUGAAGGACACAUCAUCAAGAAUGCGAAGUCUAAAAUUACAAUUGCAGUAAAGCAGUUGAAAGCCCAACACCGGCUCAUACUUAGUGGAACACCGAUCCAGAACAACGUCAUGGAUUUGUGGUCCCUUUUUGAUUUCCUAAUGCCAGGUUUUCUUGGGACAGAGAGACAGUUCCAAGCCACUUAUGGAAAGCCACUUCUUGCGGCUAGAGAUCCUAAAUGUUCUGCCAAGGAUGCUGAAGCAGGGGCACUUGCGAUGGAGGCAUUGCACAAGCAGGUCAUGCCCUUCCUUCUCCGCCGUACAAAAGAUGAAGUCCUGUCGGAUCUGCCAGAGAAAAUUAUUCAGGACAGAUUCUGUGAUCUGAGCCCUGUUCAAUUAAAACUAUAUGAACAGUUUUCUGGUUCACAUGCGAGGCAAGAAAUAUCAAGUAUGGUAAAACCCGAUGAGUCAAAGGGAGAAGGAAGUAGUUCACCAAAAGCAUCUUCACAUAUUUUCCAGGCACUUCAGUACUUGCUAAAACUUUGUAGUCAUCCAUUGCUUGUCAUUGGCGAAAUAGUUCCAGAAUCAUUGACACUCCUUUUGUCAGAACUAUUACCUGCAACUUCUGAUAUUAUUUCAGAACUUCAUAAACUGCACCAUUCUCCCAAAUUAGUUGCUCUUCAGGAGAUUCUUGAAGAGUGUGGCAUAGGUGUUGAUGGUUCAAGUUCUGAAGGUGCCAUUGGUGUUGGCCAGCACAGAGUUCUGAUAUUUGCCCAGCAUAAAGCCUUUCUGGACAUAAUUGAAAGAGACUUGUUUCACACGCAUAUGAAGAACAGCGUCACAUACCUACGGCUAGAUGGAUCAGUCGAACCCGAAAGACGUUUUGAAAUUGUCAAAGCUUUUAAUUCGGACCCCACUAUUGAUGCCCUCCUACUUACAACCCAUGUUGGUGGUCUUGGUUUGAACCUAACAUCUGCAGACACACUGGUUUUUGUGGAGCAUGACUGGAAUCCAAUGCGAGAUCAUCAGGCAAUGGACAGAGCACACAGGUUAGGUCAGCGGAGAGUUGUGAAUGUCCAUCGUCUUAUAAUGCGUGGCACCUUGGAAGAGAAAGUUAUGAGCCUCCAAAAGUUCAAAGUUUCAGUUGCUAAUGCUGUCAUUAAUGCGGAGAAUGCCAGUUUGAAAACUAUGAAUACGGACCAAUUGCUUGAUUUAUUUGCAUCAGCGGAAACAUCUAAAAAGGGAGCUUCUCUACCAAAGCAUUUGGAUCAAAAUGUUGGAGACCCAAAAUUGGCGGGCAGCGGGAAAGGGUUAAAAGCCAUCCUUGGAGGACUGGAGGAGCUCUGGGACCAAUCGCAGUAUACUGAAGAAUACAAUCUAAACCAGUUCUUGACAAAGCUCAACGGCUAAAACUAGCAUUGCUCCGAGUGAAUACGAAUAACGUGUAUCAUAGACCAAAUAUGGAACCAAAUUUUGACGUUGUAAUUCAAUUUCUAUCUUUUUUGCCAUUUGUUUAAUUUUUGCAUCCACUAUGCUCUAAUAUUUGGAGGAGGUUGGGAAGAGAUCAAUUUGAGUAUCUCAGUAUCAGCGUGAGCCUGGUUUAAGGAAUGAUGGAAAUUUUUUACCCUGGGAAGAAAACAGUUGUAUAUCUGGGGAAGUUGUACAUACAAGCAAUAUAUCCUCUUCCGAUCGAAAGGCUGAUCGUUGCCUUUA